UUAAAACUAAUCCGAACGUUUGGUUAACAAAAACGUAUAAAGGACCAAUCCUACGGAAGAAGCAUGCUCUGAAGUCACUAAAGAUGUAUUGCUGCAGACACAGAAAUCUCAAUUGUCACAUGUAGGCGGCGACACAGAGCACCCUUUCUGUAAAAACAACACCAUACCUACUCUGUCUUCGGUCUUAAGUGCUGUGGCACAUUUGAGUGACCAUGGAGUGCGUUUGCCGUCAUGUAGUUGAGCGUUAAUACGGCACGAUUGCUGGAUGAAGAAAACUUUUGUCUGGAUCAGGUCUGAAGCAAGUGGCGACAGUAGAAACAUGGCUGAAGGAGAUGUUCUGCACAGCAAAAUAAGGCUCCACGAUGGCAUUGGAAGUGUAAACAGCUCCGAGAGCUUCAGGAACGGUUAUGUGAAGAGCUGCGUCACCCCUCUCAAACAGGACCAUCAAAGGGGAUUUUUGUUCAACGUGUGCAGGUUUUGCAACGAAGACAUUCUCAAUUCAAAAUUGUUUAAAAUUUCAGCCCUUUAUGUUGGUGCAUUUAUAUUUUUUCUAGUUUCUUUUAUUUUUUCUAGGGGUUUACAAAGUGACUCGCUUUGGGAUUUGCGGACUUUUUUGUCGGGGUUCUCUCAAUCUAUCAGUCCUUUAUUCAGCAUAGGCUGUGCAUUCUUCUUUUUAACAUUUUAUCUGAGAAGGAAAAAGAAAGAAAGUAAUACCUGUUGGCUCCUAUCACUACCAGCAUCAUGUUUCCUUGGAGAUUUUUUGGUUUUGCGGUUUUUGCAAUGGGGAGAGGACCAACACCAGAUGCAAAUGGUGGGCAGGUUGUUGUUCGUGUUGGGAUGUGUAGGUCUACUUACACUGAUCCCGACUUUGAAACUCAAACACAGUAUUCUUAUACUGUUUUUUGCAAGCGUUGUAUGGUUGGUUUCGUUCACUAGUUUAACCGGCCUGCCUCCAUUAUUAAGGCCAUUCUUUGCUUGCUUUGCUGGGAUAUGUGGCUCACUGUUGGGACUCGGGUUUGACCAUUAUUACCCGUCGAGGGAAGUACCAAAUAGGAUUUCCAGCGCAGAGGAAAAGGUCCCAGUGAUCAGACCGAGGAGGAGGUCCAGUUGCGUUUCAUUGGGAGAGACGUCAACCAGCUAUUAUGGAAGUUGUAAGAUGCCCCGCAGACCCUCCUUGCCAUGCAUAUCAAGAGAACAGAUGAUCUUGUGGGACUGGGAUCUAAAACACUGGUACAAGCCACAGUACCAGGGGGCCGUGAGUGGCAACGGCGUGGACCUGUCGGUCAUCAACGAGGCCAGGAACCUGGUGUCGGAGCUGCUGACGGACUCCUCCCUGCCACCCCACGCCUCCUCCUCGCUGCGCAGCGUCUCCAGCCUCAUGGGGACCUUCUCCGGGUCCUGCCGCCCGCGGGUCAACCCCUUCACGCCCUUCCCCGGCUUCUACUCCUGCGACCCUGUCGACGACUCGGCUGAGCGGCCCGACAGGAAGUCGUUGAAGGGGCUGAACAGCCGGAACAGCCUACCUACCCCACAGCUCAGACGGGGCUCCACUUCCUCAGCCCUCCCUCCUCUCGACUCUGCCUCCUUGCGUUGGGAGCGCAACAGUGGCAAGAGAGCCCAUCCUGACAUGAACCUGACCAGCUCAGGGUCUCUGUCCAACGGACCCAAUGCCAACCUGCUGACCAUCCCCAAGCAGAGAUCAUCCUCCGUCACCCUCACCUACCACGCAGGCUCCCGAAGAGCAGGGGUGUCCCCCAGCCUGAGCCCUCUGGCGUCUCCCAUGCACAGCCCCGCUACGGCGGGCCCCCCCUCCACCUCCUCCCUGCUCCUGAGCCGCUCCUCACCCGUGGAGUUUCCAGACACGGCCGACUUCCUGACCAAGCCCAGCGUCAGCCUGAGCACGCACAAGCCCAUGGACUUCCAGCAGGCCUACCGUAGCGCCACCGCGUCGCUCUGCACCAGCUGUGGACGUCAGAUGGCGAAGGGAGCGUCCAGUGGAGAUGCUGGAGAGAGCCAGCAGCCCCACACAACCGAUGCUCAGCGCAGACGCUCAGCGUGUGAAAGUUUAGAGUUCACGGUGGAGGCGCUGAUCAGGGAGGAGAGCGGGGAGGCCAAGGCCUCCGCAGAGAGGAGGUCCGGCGUGGGGGACCAGGGGCCGGCUGAAGAGGAGAUGGAGGAGGUGGAGGAGGAGGAGGAGGAGACCCCCAGCACAGCGCUCCAGACGCUCCAUUCAGAGGGUAACCAGGAGUUCCAACUAGACCCCCUGCUGGAAGAGCACCACGCCCUCAUGGAGCGCAUCAACAGCUGGAACUUCCAGAUCUUUGACUUGGUGGACCGAACUGGAGGGAAGACGGGGCGAAUACUAAGCUAUGUGACGUACACCCUGUUCCGAGAUACGUGUCUGUUUGAGAUCUUUAAGAUCCCUGUGAAGGAGUUCAUGAUGUACUUUUGUGCCCUAGAGGACGGAUACAGGGACAUUCCUUAUCAUAACAGGGUCCAUGCUACUGAUGUGCUCCAUGCGGUCUGGUAUCUGACCACUCGGCCAAUCCCUGGAUUCCAGCAGAUCCACACUGAACAUGUGACCGGAAGUGACACAGACUCAGACAGCGGCAUCUCACCCGGCAGGGUGUCCUAUGCCUCCUCCAAGAGCUCCUCUAUUUCGGAUGACAGCUACGGCUGCCUGGCCUGGAACAUCCCCGCCCUGGAGCUCAUGGCCCUCUAUGUAGCAGCCGCCAUGCACGACUACGACCACCCAGGUCGCACCAACGCCUUCUUAGUAGCCACUAACGCAGCACAGGCGGUGCUGUACAACGACCGCUCGGUGCUGGAGAACCAUCACGCGGCCUCCGCCUGGAGCCUCUAUCUGUCCCAGCCCCAGUUCAACUUCCUGCUCAACCUUGACCACGUGGAGUUCAAGCGCUUUCGCUUCCUUGUCAUCGAGGCCAUACUCGCCACGGACCUCAAGAAGCACUUUGACUUCCUGGCCGAGUUCAAUGCCAAGGUGAAUGAUGUAAACAGUCCAGGUAUCGACUGGACCAAUGAGAACGACCGGCUGCUAGUGUGCCAGGUCUGCAUUAAGCUUGCAGACAUCAACGGACCGGCCAAAACCCGUGACUUGCACCUCAAAUGGACAGAAGGCAUCGUCAAUGAGUUUUAUGAGCAGGGGGAUGAGGAGGCCAGCCUGGGAUUACCCGUCAGCCCCUUCAUGGACCGCUCCUCGCCACAGCUGGCCAAGCUGCAGGAGUCCUUCAUAACUCACAUUGUCGGACCGCUGUGCAACUCUUACGAUGCUGCAGGCCUCCUCCCUGGUUACUGGAUCAACGAAGAGGAAGGGUCAGAAGAUGAGGAUGAAGAGGGGCCGGUAGACACAGAUACCGACGAAGAUGAGCUCGAUGAGGAACUCUCGCCAAAGAGAAGGAAGGGUCGGCGCAGGUUGUUCUGCAACAUCAUGCAGCAUCUGACGGAGAACCACAAGGUGUGGAAGAAGACCAUAGAGGAAGAGGACAGGAGCAAGGACCUGGGCAAGCAGCAGCAGCAGCAGCAGCAGCAAGAGCGCCUGCCCCCCUGCCUGCCCCCCAAUCAGCCCCCCAGUCUGCCGCCCAGCCUCCCCUCCUCCCCUUCUGAUGACAUCCAGGUCAUCCAGGAGGAGGAGGAGGGAGAGGAACGUCAAUAGAGGGGGACAAAGGACAGAUGAAGAGUGAGAGAGGCUAACAAAGAGUUGCCCAAAAAACGCUCUCUGCCUUUCACCUACCAAACUCAGCUCCACGUAUACGAUAUAUUGUUCACACAAACACACAAGAAUUACACUAUCAUUCACACACACAUUAAACAAACACAGGCACACAAACAAAAACACAGAUUAUAGUCUCACGCAUACACACACACACACAUGACACACCCUUCACUGUGCUGACAUGUUGAUGAGUAAAACACGGCCUUACUACUGUGAGCGGACCCCUGCUGUGAUGGCGGGAGCCCCCACUCCUAUGCACUUUCACCCCCCGGAGAGUCAAGGGCUCCCUGGGGGCAGGAAAGCACCAGAACUCUAAGUGAUUGGUGCAAACAGAGAGACAGAUCAGAGAGAGGAAGAAUUCCUCGCUGAAAUGCUGCCUUGAUUGCAGGACGCUUAACUCCUAACCCCCCUUAGGUACAAAAAAAAAGAACUCCGUCUAACAAAAACUUAAAGUUAUGUUAAGGAAAAUCAU